AUGAUCCAGGAUAGUGAUUUGGAGGAGGAUGCUGCAAGGGAACGACAAGAAAGUGAAGGUCACAUGAAAUACUUCGUGGAGCCGAAUGAGAAAUUCAUCGAACGGAGCACGAAGGAUUUCUCGAAGUUUUUCAACAACGCCAACUACGCUAGAAUGUUGGAUCGUCUUUCAGAAGAUAUCUAUAGGUACUACGCGGAUAAUCUUGAGACACGGGAAGAGUUCUUGGCAAAGAUGUCCUUUAUGGAGGCUAUAGAACGGGUCAUUCGGAAACGAAAGGAUUGGCGUUUCAAAUUGUUCCCCUCCGGCUCGACUAUGACCCGCUUAGCUUCAAAAGGGAGUGACCUCGAUAUUGCUUUCUGGUGUCCGGAUGCACGUCAGUCUUUUCCAAGUGAAUCUGAAGCUGCCUUCCAUAUUUUGCAGUGGAUUCGGCACUUCUUGCUUACUGAUCCCUCAAUCAUGAGCGAGAUUGACCACCUUGACUAUGUUGAGGCGAAGGUGCCCGUUCUACGAAUCAAAUGCAAAUCAGGCUUAGAAGUUGAUCUUAGCUCCUGUACCGAAUCAUUUGUCUCGGGAAUUCAAAACAGCUACCUCAUUCGAGGAUUCGUUUCGUUGCGGCUUUCUGCUUCUUGUCUUCCAUUUGGUUCUAUCCAUUGCAUUAACCGCACAUAA